GCGGUGGAGUAUUUUGGAGAGAGGUGACACCCCGAAAAAGUGGUGGGGGGUACGUGAGGAAGCGAUGUCGUGGUCUGAAAGGAGAGAAGAUAAUAGGGAGUCUGGGAGUGGUGACCGUAGGACACCGACCUGCUUCAACUGUCACGAACCUGGGCACUAUGCUAAGCAGUGCCCAAACCGUGACAGGUACCACCACUCGAACCGACCAUCGACAUCGAGUGAUUCCAGGAGGUCGAGAUCCCCGCGAAGGUACGAGCCGAAGAGAUAUUACUCGCCACCGAGAAGAGAGGCUGAGCUACGCGAGAAGUUGGUUGAGCUACCUCAAGGUUUGGCUACCAUGAAGGAGCACAUCGAUGCUGAGAGAACUAAGAAAGAAGAGAAAUCGAGAAGGAAGUUGGAGAAAGCUCGGGAAAAGGAGGAAGAGAUGCGCAGGCUGGAGGAAGAAGAAGCUCGAAGACUGGAAGAGGAAAUGCGACGAGAGGCGAGGAAGCUAAAGAAACAGGAGAAAGCGAAGAAGGAAGCCAUCUUACGUGCAGAAAUGAAGAAGGACGCGACGCUACAUGCGGCGCUGAUGAUGAACGAGAUAAAAGACGAUUGGAUUAGCGAAUGGAAAACCUCGGUGUUGCCGACCCUCAUAGCCGGGGUGAAGGAUGUGAAAGGCAAGAAGAAUAUUGACUGUCCCUCGAAGGAGGACAGUCUGUCGGACUACAGUGAUGAAGGUAGCGAGACGAGUGUUAUGCAGGAGUUGAGUGAAAAGACGGGGAAGCUAUGCAUUACUGAGAAACGUAAGAGGGAAGAGGGCGUGGGGAUUGGAGACAACCCACCGAUGGAACUUCCUCCCAAAAGGACUCCGUGAAAGUGCGGGGUCAAACCAAUAGGACUGGGCGAAAGAAUGACAAGGUCGAAGGCUAGGAGGACAAAAGUCCGCACGCCAAUCCGUGUGUGUAAGAAGACGCCAAUAAAGACACCACUUGCCAAAGUGACGGGGUCAGCAAAGAAAAAAUCAUCACCAAGCGGUCGCCUCACCCCUGCGAGUAAAGCCUUGGCAAGAUU